AUGCAUUUCUCCACCGUCGUGAGCGGUGCCAGCCUCCUGGCUUUCGCAACAGCUUCUAGUCUCUCAUCUCGUCAAGACACCAGCGCCGAGACAGUCGUUUACUGGGGCCAAAACUCAAACGAAAAUGCCGACUUAUCUGCCUACUGCAGCUCAACAGCUGGCAUCGACGUUAUCAUUCUUGCCUUCCUCUACGAAUUUGGAAACGGCAUCGACAUCCCCUCCGGCGUCAUCGGAGAAGAAUGCUACAUCUCUACCACAGGUGAAGCCCAAUUGUGCGAUGAUGUAGCUUCCGCUAUCGCUACAUGUCAGGCCGCCGGUGUCAAAGUUCUGCUCUCACUCGGAGGCGCAACGAGCUCUUACUCCUUGCAAUCACAGGCCGAGGCAGAGUCUAUUGGUCAAUAUCUGUGGGAAUCAUACGGAAAUUCUGGCAACACGACCGUCCCAAGACCCUUCGGGAAUGUUUUUGUGAACGGAUGGGAUUUUGAUAUUGAAGUCAACGACGGCUCGAGUCAGUACUACCAAUACAUGAUUUCAACUCUGCGAUCCAACUUCGCUUCUGACCCGAAGAACACUUACUACAUCACUGGUGCACCCCAAUGCCCUCUCCCUGAGCCCAACAUGAGCAUUAUCAUUGGCAAUUCGACAUUCGACAAGCUGUGGGUUCAAUGGUACAAUAAUAAUAACGGACUUGAUAACAUCCCCUACGAAUCUUGCUCGCUUGGAUUUAAUGGGAACGCUCCCUUCAACUACCUAGAGUGGGUUGAUUACCUCGCCGCUACGCCUUCUGCAGGCGCGAAGCUUUACAUUGGAGCACCCGCUUCCACUCUGGCUUCCAAUGGUAACAGUGCCGGUGCUAUCUAUUACAUUACGCCGGAUGAAAUGGCAACUUUGGUCUCUGAGACGGAAGGCAAUUCGACAUUUGGGGGUGUUAUGCUCUGGUCUGCUGGGUACUCGGAUUCGAAUGUCAUCAAUGGUUGCACGUAUGCACAGGAAGUGCAUAGCAUUCUGACGAAAGGUGCGGUCUGCUAG